AUGGUGGCGAUCGUCGGGUUUGGCUCGCUCCUCUCCGAGGCGUCGGCACGCUCGACGUUCGGCGACGGCGUGCACAACUUCCGCCUGGCGACCGUGCUCGACUACCGUCGGGUGUUCGCUCACCCAGCUUCCAUCUUUUUCCAGCGAGGCAUUGCCAACCUCGAAACGAAGGAGAUAGCGAGUUUGUCAACGGCGCCCGCGCCAGGGUGUAAAUUCCUAGUCAGCGUAUUUGACAUCCCCGAGGAGCUGUUACCGGAUUUUUACGAGCGCGAGGAGGAGUUCAAGAUCAUCAGUGCAAAGUUUCAAGAGCUGGAUGGCAGUGCUGGAGGCGAGGCGCUGAUGUGCACGAGGUGGAGCGAUGAAGAAUACAUUGCCAAACGGGGGCAAGAUACUUUCGACUGUAAGUAUAAAGUCUACGGGUUGAACACGAUUUGGGGCUGGAACGCUGACAGCGGCAUCCUUCCGUGUCGAGUGUACCUUCGCCACUGUCUGCUGGCUGUCAAGAAGCUUGGACAGGAUGUGUACGACGACUUUGUUGCUACUACGUACCUUGGUGAUCGUGCCACAAGCAUCAAGGAGUACAUCGAAGCCAACCCGUCCAUCAUGCUCGAGCGUCCUCCUCCUCAUCUUGUGGACCGUUACAGUGGCUAA